AUGUCUAAGAAACCACAUUGGUCAUCAUUACGCCGCAGGGCAGCAUUGUCUGACCACCCUGCCCUGCCUUCACGUCCACAGAAUCUUCCUCAACUCAUCGACGAUUCCGAGAGAAGACUAACAAUUGGAGAUUUGAGUAAACUAGCUGGGGAGAGACAGAAACCUACUCGGAGUGCCACAUUAGGGGAUGUGGGAAACUGGUUCAGGAACAAACUUCCAAGUCAUCGUGCAGAGAGAGGGGGAACAUUGAGGAACAACAGGGGUUGGGAAAUUGGAGCGGCUGGUGGCAAUUCCUCAUCUCAACUACAACACGAAGUCAACAAUCGAGCAUCGGCACUGCAUCACUCUGCCUCAAAUCGUCGAGGGGGUCAACGCAGCAGAACCGGGGGCUCAGAUCGCCUUGUAGACUGGAACACACCAAAAAACCUAAGUGAAGCAGUGCCUGAACCAACACCCGCAUCUAAAGACAAAGGUAAUGAGCCUUCACUGCCGACCCAUCGCAGAUGGAAUGAAUUCGAUUCUCUGAGAAUAGGCAAGAAGCGCGGUCAGAAGAAACGGAGUGGCAGUUUAGAAACUGGGAAGGGUAAAGAAAAGCAACCUGGAAGGCGCUCUUCCAAAGCUCAGUCCUUUGAGGCAGCUAUUCCAGGAACGCCUAGCAUAUUGGAAGUUCUAGAAGCCAAUCGAAAGGCAAGGAGAAAAGCACGGGAGGACCGGGAAAGUUUGAGAGAGAGCGGAGACUACCUGGGUGUUCAAGGUAUCAAUCCGCAGACGGGUAUUCUUGAUCUUACAUCGGACAGUGGAGAGAGUACGCUGAGCUCGAAAACGGAACAAAAGCUACUGAACCUGGAGGCACAGGCCAAGAGCGCCCUAUCAGCUACCGAAAGGAAAGAGGCCGAGAUCGAAAUCGUCAAGGUACACCUUGACCACGAAGUCGCCAAGGCACGGCGACAAGAGAAAGCAGAGAAACAACUGGCAGCUUCUGCCACUGCCAAAUGGCGAAGAGGGACACACCAGUGGUCUUCGGUUCAGCAACCUGAUUUGAGCCCGAUUGCCCAAUCACACAGAAGCACUUCAGUAUUCUCAAGGCGCCCGUCACGCCGAGACUUAGAUAUGGCAAAGGGGGGAAGGCUGAUCGACUACAACUCAAAGGAAUCAUCCGAUGAACAAGUCCCGCCUGCUGUACAACCCAAGGAAAACUCCAACUCCUCUGACACGGUGAUCAAAACCCCCCAUAGGCGCAGCCUCGCAAACCCAUCUCCUUCAGCCUUGGAGCUUUUUGAGAAUGACAUAAAAUUCCAUAACCCAAGCGAGCCCAGGUUAGACAGAGAUCAGAUCCCGAAGUCUUUUCUUGUAUCCGCGCACGAUGAUACACAGAUACAAACGCCUGCCAACGAGUGGCAAUAUCUGCAACGAAACGAGAAGUUCCACGAGGCGGGCGGAUCACUGGCGCACCACAGCGAUCGAAACCAGCAUUCCAAUUCUUUUUUAGGGAAGGGCCUAAAAGGCGCAAUAGAACCGGGGGGGACCCAGAUACCUCGAGUGUCAAUCAGGAAGGGCUCUCCGUCAGAUCUCUUGACGAAACCAAACCUCACAGCAUCCAGCACCACCCACUUACUAGCGAAGAGCAAGAUCGAGAUACGAAGCCAACACGACAACAGCAUUCCAGAAAGCUACGUGCAAGAUUUGACAUCCAUCCACGAGAAAUCCAUUACCCUCCCGACAAUAUCGGAACAGACCGCGUCAAGUUCCCUAGAAAGCCAGUGCCAACACUACCAUCAGCAAGCCCUCACAGGACGUGUAUAG